AUGCCAACGGAGGCCCUAACUCCUGGGUAUGCUCCUGCUUGGUUCAAAAUCACAGUCCCACCUGCCAGUGCCGCUGUGUCGGGUGCGAUGAGGCGAGAUCUUGCAUCUGCCCCAAGGAGCGGUGCGAGUGUCUAUUGCUCUGUAACUGCCAAUGCAGGAGAUGCCAUAAUCCGCCAACCAAGCUACUUACAGCCGAUAAGAAGAAAGUCUUUGGAAAUCGCCACAAAUGCGCAAGUCGGAAUUGCGACUAUCUCGCGCCGGCCAACAACUCUAGAUGUGCUGGCUGCGAUUCUUACAGGAGAGCCCAUCGUGAGUGUGCGAUUCCGGGAUGUGCUCGAUUUGCACCUUGGGGUGGGUAUGGAGGUCAUGGGAGGUAUUGUGCAGAAUGCUGCAAGAAUCCGUUGA